AUGCACUCCCCCCUGCCAAGGGAUUUGGAGUUUAUGAAGAAGCUGUCCCCGGCUGAGAUGGUUCAAAGCCUCAUGGUGAGCACAGCUUCCACCUCAGCUUUUGUGGCCGAAAUGACACACCGGUACUGUGCUCUGGUCGAGGAGCAGGACACCGGCAAGCUGCAAAAUCAGAUCUCCAAGUUGGAGAAGAAACUGGCGGUGUCCGAGUCUGAGAAGGCCGAGCUCCAGAGACAGCUUAAGGAGGCCGAAGCUAAGGGUGAGGAGGCCGAGGUUACAAUAAAUAGUCUCAGAUCGGCCCUCGAAGAAGAGCAGAAGAGGGGGGACCAGGUGAAGAAGUCUCAUGAGCAAGCCCUCAACAGCGUUGGGGCCUCGGCAGUGGAAGCAUUUCGGAGGUCUGAGGCCUUCACCAAGGAUCUCGGCCAACUGCUCACACCAAACUUCAUGUUCGGCUUCACGUCGGGUGUGGACGCGGCCGCAGCCCACCUCUCCUCCGAAGCCUUGGAGUCGUUGAAAAACAAUGACAGCUACAAUGAGGACUCCAAGGAGUUGUGCGACCGGAUGGCCGAGGGCCUCCAGGCCGGAAGGAACUUAGCCGAAGUCCAGAACGAGUUCAACAAGUGGCUGUCCGAACUCGACGAAGUGUUCGAGGAGGGUGAAGAAGCUGGGGAAGAUGAAGCCGGAGGGGACAUCGGCGAGGAGCAUGGAGAAGAACUUCACCCCGGCCGAGGAGAGUCCGGUGAGAAGGCUGCCCAUGAUGGGGCUGAGACGGGGAAUGGAGCCGAGACGGGGGUCUAG